GUGAUAGCCAAGUAGCCUGCUGGGAGACGCUCGUCGGCUCCGGGGACUCGCUUUCUUCUCUCCCUCUCUCUCUUUCUUUUUUUAAACCAGAAGAGACGGCGCGGAUGUGCCGGGUGGUCGCGUCUCGCUCGGUAGCGGCGGUGCCGGACCCCGGUCUUCAAGUUUGCCGAGCCUCUCGCUUGCUGCCGGACGCGACGAAAACGCACCUGGAAGUCCCUGUCGGCUCUGUCGACGCUCCGUCCCCGCUCAAGGCGCUGGCGGCAGGAGCUGCGUCGGCGUGAGACUUCCGCGGUGCGCUCGGCAGAGAGAGAGCUCAGCCACAACUAUUUCUUCUUAUGCGGCCCCGGGUGUUUUGAGCCAUGCCUGGCCACAGCUCAGGGGCUCCCCAGACGUCCCGCCACAAGCCCCACGCCUCCAACUCCAAAGCAGACAAGUACAGACAAAGUGGAACUAUAUACAGGGAGAGCGCGGUCCAGCAUGACCUCAAGGACCCUCACGGGGAGCGGCUACGCGAACACCACAACGAGCACCCUCGGUAUUCGGAGAACAAGAACGGCCGGAGCAGAGGACACCCGCGGAACGGCGCGGCCCGGGGCUCGGAGACGAUAGGAUUCAUCCCGGGGACGGCGGACAGCGCGCCGGCCGGCAGGCCCACCUGCGGCUCGUGCUCCGCGGGCUGGAGCGGCUGCAAGGCCCUCAUCUGCUGCGUGCUCACCUGUGGGUUCUACGGCAGCCGAGAGCCCUGUCUGCCCGCCAACGAGAGCUCCACCGACCACCCGCCCAAAGCAGGCGGAGAGCCUUCCAACGGCAUGGCCCUGAACAACCCGACCUGCGGCGUGUCAACGGAGUCCAGCAAGCCCAAAACUGCCAAGUUGCCCCCGAGCGAAAGCUUCCGUUACCCGGAUGUCCGUUUCCGAGGCGAGAUAGUAAGCUACCCGGUCAACGCCUCCAAACGGACCCGCCCGCCCGCUAAAGGGGAGAGCCACAGGCCGAUCAGCAACACCAGCCUGCUGUCCAACGACUACGAGCUGGACGACCCGUGCGACAGCACCGACGUCGACUCGCUCAUCACCAAGAAGCUCCUGGAGCUCUACGCCCUCCACCAGAUCGAGGAGCUGGCCAAGUGCACGUCCGACUCCUCCUUCUUCCGCAAGACCAACGAGAUCAGCGAGCUCAUCUACAGCAUCGCGCAGAACUACAACCUGGAGGAGCAGGAGGCCGAGUGCAAGCUGGUGCACGGAGUCAUCCGCAUCAGCACGCGCAAGGCCAAGAAGAAGGCCAGCCACGCGUCGGCGGGGCAGCGUCCCAACGGCAGGAACGACGGGACGCUGCCCGACAGCGGCAACGAGACCAUGACCCACACCUUCAUGAGCAGCGAUUCUCCAGAGGUGAAAGUGUCCGAGCGAACGCCGUCAGACGAGCUGGCGAGGAAGAUGAGACACUGCAGCUUGAGACCGUAUUCCUCCAGCACUGCCACCGCCUACUCUCCCUACCAGCACGACACUGGAACGACCUCCUCAGGAGCCCCUCUGCUCAUCUGAAAAGCCACGCAGAGACUAAAAUGUCUAUAUCCUGUACUGACAAAUCAUGUCGCCUCUUUUCAUUAUUGCUGUUACAGAGCAGAGCACCUUUUUUUUUUUUUUUAUCCUACAUGUGUAUAGUUCUCCUUUUUUAUUGGUCAAUAUUUUUUACCUUUUUCUAACAAAUGACCAACAGAGGAACCUUUUUUUUUUGGUUGUUGUUGUCAAAACAGUGUUUUAGGUUUAGAAAGUGACUAAGGGAGGAUCAAGCUCGCGGCGGGACAGAACCGUCCUCAUUCUUGUCUUUGUUUUUGUUUAUACAGGCUCUUAUUCUGCAUGUACAGCUCAACGUCUCCUACCAUUUCUCCACUGCUGAGGCAUGUUUUUUUUUUUUUUUUUUUUCCACCCACAGACUGUAUUGUUGUAAGCCAUAUUUUGAUGUACAUAUUGAGUCUAUGUUACUCUGUACCUUUUGGAUUCAUUUUUUUUUUAUGAUCUACAGAAAGUCAUGUUUUUAAGAAAAUACAUAUUUCAGUGCCUGUUUUUAUGUCCUUUUUUUUUUUUUUUUUAUUAAAGUUGUUCAUAUUAAAUGCAAUACAUGCUGCUUUAAGUGCAAAGCCUUCUGUUGAUUUGUAACACAAGCCAAAAUUCGGUUCAAGCCCAAACCUAAAAAGCUCCUCGGUUUCAACAUUUCUCCUCCUACGUUGGCGAACGUUUCUUCAAAGUUUUCUCUGUAGCCUACUUUUCUCUUUUUUUUUUUUUUUCUUUUUUUUUUUAAUCUCCGGGGUUGUUGUCGGGCUCAUCUCCCCGUAGGUCAGCGUUGCAGCAGGCAGGCCUUUUCCGCCCUCAGCAAAAGAAAGAACUCGUUUGGCUGGUUCUGACUGAAGGGAAAUAAAAUCCAGGGGUUUGUCUUUGUCAUUUAUUGCAAAAUGAAGCCCGAGCAAAGGAAACCAACCCGAUUUCAGGAAUCUGCCCUGAUUAUUUUUUGAUCCAACAAACGGAUAUUCGCCGCUCUGGGAAUGUUGGAUUCUGGUUUUAUACCAUGGCUGAGGCCAGAAAUAAACAGACGUAUCUAAGGCUAAACCUGCUAGCUGCUGGUACCUACAACCAUUUUGUGUCUGUGUUGUAAAACCAGGACAACAUCUGUCCGACUGCAUAAUAAAACAGCUUCUGAACAUU